UAUGUCACAUUCAGCAGUAAUUCCCAGCCACACUAGUAGACAUCCUUUUAAGACUGACCAAACUGAGCCUAAUUCUGGACAAUCCUGAGCUUUAACUUGUGCGUCUGAGCAUGAGGGAACGUUCACAACAGAACAAUGUGUAUAUCUGGAUGACACCUCCCUGACAGCCCUGAAAAAGUCUCUUAUCACCACAGACAAUGACAGCCACUGUGACACACCCACUGUGAUAUUAACUUCGGUUCUGGACCGGUUCAAGGAAGGAAGGAAAGGAAAGUGUGCCAAAGUGAACAGGCAGCUUUAAGCACAGUGCCAUGCUCAGGGUACCUCACUGGUACCUUGGCAGCUGGUGGACUCGAACCUGAGCCUUCUGGACCCAAGUCCCCUUCCUUAACCACUAAGCCACCACUGCCCGGAUAAUGCACCACCCAGAGAUUGCACUCUUUGAUUUACACCUACAGCAGAGGUGGUGCAUGGUAACCAGUCACAGCUUUAUGCAGAUGACAUUCAAAUGAGCUGGGAAUAGACGGUUGGAAUAGUUUCCCCUUUUUAAUGUGACUUUGUAAACAAAAAAAGAGGAAUAACCUUCAAACAGACAAGUCAGCUCAUGUCCGGAAAAACGCGCGCACUCGCACGGAGCAGGGUUCAUAUGAUUGUGAUUAAGACUUCAGUGACAGUGGGAGGAGAAACGCGUGGGCUAGUCAGUGUGCAGUCCUUCCAUUGGCAGCCUCCUCUUAGACCACUCUCUCCCAAACCUUCACACUGCUCCCUGGGCUUCCUUACGAACAUUAUAUCUGUUCAGAAAGUCCCAAGAAGACCCACGAAGGUGGUCCAGCCCACGCAGACCUCCAUCACUUUAAUCACGGCUACUUUUACGCAUGGAAACGUGCUGACAUUCCAAGGCUGAAGACUGCAGUUUUGAACCGGAGCGCAUGACGCACAGCCGUCUUUACCAACACAGCUGAUUCUGAGCAAUUAUAAGCCGUCUGUGGUCCACUCUGACCGAAGCCAUGUUUUCCAAGGCUACUGCCAACUUCGUCCGUCAGAUUGACCCAGAUGGAAGCCUCAUCCACGUGUCCCGAGUCAAUGACUCACGCAAACUGAUUCCCAUGGCGCUAGUUGUCAAAUGCAAACCUGUCUGGUUCUGGCAAAAGGCCAAGUAUCAGCCAACUGACUUCACCAUCGGCGACUUGUUACUGGACGACACGGAGCUCAGUCCAGGUGUGUGUGAGACAGAAUUCCUGACCUUCAAGGGGACAUUUGGAGGCACUUACUCGGGAAGUCUCGAUACCCGGGCUGGUUCAGUCAGUGUGGAAGUGGAAGGAAGAUGCACCUCUGAGCUGAACUCAUGUUUUGGCAAGUUGAAGAAACAGGAGCUGGACGUGAAGAAGCUGUUGCGUGAAUCAAGGAACAGGCUGGUGAACAUGGAGCACGUUCUGGUGCUGCAGCUGAAGAAGCGCGCUGACGUCCUGGCAAUAGUUAAAGAGCGAAUCCUCACCACCAACUCCUGCCUUGUCACUCAGACCAGAAAAGAACAGUGCACACUGCAGGGGGUGAUCACUCUGUUGGACAUGCUGAGCAGCUCCAUCAAAAAAAAAGGGAGCUAUAAGGUGGACAGUGAUGUUUCUUUGGAAAUCCCUUCUGACACGGUCAUUGCAUACAGCAUCCUAGAACUCGAGAUAAGGAGUAGUGGACAUUUUGAUUUAUGUUUACAACCCGGCACAAUUGGAGGCUUUGAGGCGGACUCUUCUGCAUCAUCAGGUCCGUCCUACGAGUCCGGAUUCAAUAUGGUGGAUGGGAAGUGCAAUGGAAAUAUGUCUCAAGAUAAAGGUGGUUUAAGUCAGAUGGACCUGUCUCCACUUGCUGAGCUGCCAGAGUUUACCAAACAUGCCUUGUUCCAGAAGCUCCGAGAAACGUUAAAGGACAGAACAGCUCUGUCAUAUCUCCAGUCCGUGGUGAGUUACAGUGACCUGGCACAGUUGUGUCAGUCUGAGAAGAUCGAUCAAGUCAGUGAACCGGUGGAACGUCUAAGCAGAUCCAUGUCAGCUGACUUCAGCCCUGAACCACUCGACCCCCAUUCUACCAAUGCGGCUCAGCUAAAAGCUGCUCACCUGCUGGUCAGUGCCAUGGAAGAAUUGCCCACAGAAACACUGAACGUCAUGAGUGACAGCUCUGCCGAUUUUCUGGAUGCCUUGCACACGCUGAUGUGUAGAUUGAAAGAAUCUGAAGGAUGCCUUUCUGUUCAGCGCCUUCCUGUCCUGCUGCAGGACAACCCUACUUUCCAAAAGGCAGAGCAGCUGCUGGCCUCCACCAGAGUGUCACUGAAGAGAAACAUCCACAGUGUGUGGGUGGAGCAACAGGAUGAAGUUCUCUUUCUGCUCCUCUGCCUCGGUGUGCAGGGAUUGUCCUUACUUAGCCAAGGCAUGAAGUAGAUGUCUGGUUUUUUUUUGUUUGGGUUAUUUCUUUACAUUUAUUUCUUUAUUUUAAGCUUACUAAAUUUUUACAUACUGAGUAACUUUCGUUACCACAAAUACUGUGUUAACACUGCUUUCUGAUGGUAAUUUUAUUGUACACUAAACAUUGUUACUCUUUUUUUUCUUACCAGUAUAUAUUCACUGACCACUUUAGAAGGAAUGUCUAUUCAACUACAAGCUAUGCAAAUAUCCAAUCAUCCAAUCAGAUGGCUGCUACUUAUUGGUGCUAGGCAUGAAGUUAAUAUUUUUUUCCUAAUUCUUAAGUCCAAUCCUAAGCUUGAUUUCCCCACGCAAUCAUGUCUGAAGUUACAUAAAAGUACCAAAGAAAAAGAAAAAAAAAAAAAAAGAAAAUGGCACAAACAGCAACACCAAGUGCCGUUCUCCUAUGAAGAUGAAACCUAUAAACCUAAGAGUACCUAAACCUAAAGCAGCAAACCUAAGAAGUCACUUUACUUGAACCUUGGAUUUAACAAAUAUAUCCAAUGACGUUACCAAUAAGUAUAUAUUUAUCUAUUUUUGUAACUUUAUAUGUAGAGUCUAAAUACAUUUUAUACUAUUUUAUACCAUUAUUUAUUUGUGCAGUAAGAUUUGUUUUUUAAAUCAGUGUUAGUACACAGGGGUUUUUUUAACAAUGUUUAACAAAAAUUGUCUGGUUCUCACAUACUCCUGAAUUCUGAUUUCAAUUUGGCUUGUUAUUAUUAGUUCUACUGUACUGCUGAAAAAGAGUUUGUGAAGAAUUUUAUGCUUUUGAUAAAAAUAUAUUAAAUACAUGUAUAAUAUAAUAUAUAUUAAACAUUCCCUUAGAUUGCUGCCCAUAACCCGUAGUUCUAGUGUUUCAAUUAAGGAGAGAUUUUUUAUAAUUCUGCAUCUUUGUAUUUUUUAAUUUACCACUAUGAUACUUUGAAAAUAAGCUCCUUAUCUUAUGUGAGCUAAUAUUUACUGUAUAUUACUGCUUUCUUGCUUUCUUGGUCUAUAUACAGUCAUAAAAAAAUAUAUUUUCUAUGCUGAAC